CAGAUGUAUAAAUGCAAGAGUAGGAAUUCAUGUCGUAACUCCGAACCCCGAAUAUUUAUAUAGCCAAACAAUUUUGUUGUUGACAAAGUGUUGACCUUGUUGAACCUGGAACUAUUUAAAUGAUUCAUCGUCCUUGUCUCUACCCCUCAUCCACAAACAUCAACUCAACAUCGUACAAAAAGUGUUCAUGAAUUUCAGAAUGGCCUCUAAACUCGCUCUCAACUCUACCAGGAAGCUCAAUUCAGGUCACCAGAUCCCUCUUCUUGGAUAUGGAGUCUACAAGGUUCCCGCUGAACAAGCCCCCGAGCUUUGCAAGAAGGCUAUCGAGAUAGGCUACCGUCAUAUCGACUCUGCUUCAGGGUACUACAACCAGGGCCCUAGCGCAGCUGGACUCUUAGCAUCUGGCGUGCCUCGCUCAGAGCUCUUCUUCACUACCAAGAUCUUCACUAAACAGUUUCCCUUGAACUACGAGAAUGCACACAAGCAGGUAGACAUUGCUCUCGAUGAGACAAAGCUCGAUUAUCUUGACCUUGUUCUCAUCCAUGCCCCGUAUGGUGGACCUGAUGCACGAAAGGGUGCUUGGAGAGCUCUUGCUGAGUGCGUCGAAGCUGGUAAGGUGCGAUCACUUGGUGUUUCCAACUACGGUGUUCAUCAUCUGGAUGAACUAGAGGCAUACAUUAAAGAACUUGACGCCGAGCUUGGGCCGGGCAAGGGAGGCGUCAUCUCGGUCGGGCAGUGGGAGGUGCACCCGUGGCUUACACGACCCGACAUCGUUAAGUGGUGCCAGGAUCGAAACAUUGCAGUUGAGGCUUACUGCCCCAUUGUGCGGGGAGAGCGAUUCGAUAACCCCAAGGUCAAGGCCCUCGCGGUGAAGUAUGGCAAGAGUCCGGCACAGGUUCUUCUUCGGUGGAGCUUGCAGAGGGGUUAUGUUCCUCUGGUGAAGAGCGUUACGCCCUCAAGGAUUCAAGAGAAUUCUCAAUUGUUCGACUUUGAGUUGACGGAGGAGGAAGUGAAGGAUUUGGCAACUGAUGAGUAUAGCCCUUGUGCCUGGGACCCUACUCGUGAGCCUCUUGAGAAGUAGAUACCACAAGACGGGAUAUAGAAGGAACGCCAAUAGAAUCACUAAAGUUCAAGAGUUCAAGGAAUCUAUUAUCAAUAAUUUAACGGGUCUUGAUGUCUUACGAGGA